AUGGCACCGCAGCCUGCCAAGUCAUCGUUCUUUUCGUCCCUUCUCUCCGAAGCCAGGACACCAGAUACUCCGGGCCGUACCAGUACUUCUGCUGCCGCCAUGUCACGUGCAGUCGAAAAACAACCCCUCGAGCCCGAGAAAAUCGCGACACUGGAGAAACGAGAGGCCGAUCUCAACAAGCGAGCCAAGGACCUUGCUGAACGAGAGAGGCAGCUUCACUUACAGAACAAGGCCCAUUAUGACAACUCCCAGCAGUUGGCCCAAGCCCAAGCCAAUCUUGAACACCACAAGAAGGCACAGGACGCAAGAGAAAAAUGGCUAAAGGCACGCGAUGAGCAGGAGAACAAGAACAACACCGCCUUGAAUGAGGAGAUUGAGCGCUCCAAAAGACGUGAGGAGGAAUGGACUGCCAAAUUCACAAACAUGCAGGAGAUGGUCAGAAAAGUCCUCGACCAGCAAGCUGCGGACAAGAAGGCACGCGCCAACGCCGAGAGAGUAUUGGAAACAAGGACAAAGGCACUCAAUGAGGCCGAGAAGGCACUCGAGGCACGCGAGCACGACAUCGAGAAGCGAAUGGCAGACAUGGGUGAGGAGGUGAAGCGCAUGAAAGAGCAAAAAGAAGAGUUGAAGAGCAUUGUCCAGGACGCCGUAGAGAAGGAGCACACACUUGAAGAAGAGAUCGAGCGUCUGAAAGAGAAGGAGCUUACGGUGACAGCGAAAGCCGAGUCACUUGCAAAGGAAGCCGAGAAGCUUGCCACUGAAAAGGCAAGCAACGAUAAAACGGAGGUAGUGCAAAAGCGAGGGUACGAAUACCAGUACAUCGCCUCGAGUGCUCUUGAGAGCGGUGCAUUGGUCCUGUGCCAGGACAAGCAAUCCUGCGACGACGACGACGACGACGAAGAAGAAGAAGAAGACGACGAUGAUGACCAAUCCCUCAGUGCGGGCAUCACCAGUGAGAUUUCGUCUGUUUUGCGGAAAGAUGGUAAAGUCUCCGAGGAGCAAGCCACUGAACACGCAGCCAAGCUCACAUCGAUGCUUCUCUUCCAAGCGCAAGUCGCCAAGCUGAACAGCACCAUAAGCCAUAACGCCCAAGGUACCAUGCAGCUCAUCCUCUCCAAUUUCUCCAACGAGAUCCUGGGCAAUGGUCUCUUCGCCAAACGUGCUGCAUGGACGGACAUCGAUCUUGUCGACGGUCUGUACGGCCAAGUGCUCCAGGCACCAGACCUCCAGGCGCUGCAGAAACUAGAGGCCCGCGCCAGUCGUGCAGAGGAGUAUUUUGACUCACUUCGCGAUGAAAAGGUUCCUCUCACUGUAGAGGAGUUCCUGGAUAACGUCAAAGACUGCGGUGAGUAUGCAGAGGCUCUUCAGGAACUGCGAUGGGUUAUUGGCGAGGGUUUACCUGCGAAGAAGGCGCUCACUUCGUUCUUGAUGAGCGUGUGCAAGGACUUGGGUGUCGUGAUCCAGCAUGCUGCCAUCCGGAUGGGGUUUACGGAGUGA